AUUCAACCCAACCGGCCAACCCAGCAAUCCAACAUCCUCCUUACAAGUUCCAAGUUUCCAACCCUAAUUAAUCCCCGUCCAACCUAAUUUCAUAACUUUAUUCAUUUCCCCUCUUCUCCUCACCCACGCACGCAGCCACAACCCCUCACUCACUCUUGGUUUCAGCCACAACCCCUUCUUACUGCUACAGAUCUAUGUCAUGAAGAAACUCCUUGCCACCAUCGGGGUCCACCCCACCGUCAUCGAACUCAAAGACAGCGAGAUCGCUUCCCUCCCGUCCAAGAUAGCCUCUCUGCCAAGAACCCCGCCCCUGCUGUCUUCAUUGGCGGCACUUGCAUCGGCGGCCUCGAAUCCCUCGUCGGCCUCCACGUCUCGGGCCACCUCGUCCCCAAGCUCGUCGAAGUUGGCGCCUUAUGGGUAUGACAGUAGAAUUACAUCAUAAUAUCAUGGGGUUUUGCUUAUCACUAUCAUAGUUAUUGUAACUUAUAUUGUAAUUUUCAUAUGAACAUAAAAUUAAUUAGGAUCGAUGCCAGUACGUAAUCCAAUCAGGAAAUCAAAAUAAUUUUUUGCUUUGGUUUUUCAUAUGAAUCAUAUCCUUAUAUGGUACUGUAAUAUUUGAUAAGGUAGGAAUGAAUUAGUUUUUAUGAUUGCUGAAUCUCACCCCGAAAGCAAAAGAUCCGUAAUUUCUUAUGAAUUUGUUAAUUUUGCUGCCUCCUGUGCCGGACCCUCUGCUUGCUGCCUGUGCCGGAUCCUCUGCUUGCUGCCUGUGCUAUAUCCAACGGUAAGAAGUUUAAUAAUUUGAUUAUGGUUGAAUUAACAUAGAGAAAGUUUGGAUUUUUUAGAAUUUAGUAGAUUUAAAAGUGAAUCUAACCAUCUUUAGACAAUCUUUUACAAUAAUUUUCUCCAGCAUUGAAUCUUAAUUCUUUCAUUAUGUGAAACCAAACAUCAAAACCACACACAAAACACACACAGCUACAGCUGAGAUGUUCAUCCUUUUUCCUCCUAAUUUUACCAACACCCACAAGGAUAGUACAGUUCAUUGAUUCCUAAUUGUAUUUACUAAUUGAAUUUACUAAUUGUAUUGUAGGUCUUUUUAUGAGCAAUUGUGGAUUUUGAGAGUUAAAGCGUUUUGAGUUGGUUCUUGGCUGCUUCCCUUCAAUUAGUUAUUUUAUUUAUGUUGGGUUGAUUUUUGCCUAUAUUUAGAACAAGUAUAUUGCUUUAUGUUGGAUUAAGUUCUAUGUAUAUUUGGAACAACUUAUGUUUGGAACAUGUUGCUUUAUGUUGUAUUAAUCUCUAUUUGGAACAAUUUUAUUGAUUUAAUUAUUUGUGUUAAAUUAAUUUUUAUUUAUGUU